UCAGGGCUACCAGCGCCUCGCAUUGUCCCUCGCAAUGGAGGUUUUCCAAAAAUGGCUUCUGAACCCGGAAGUCCUCUGCCUACCGAAAGAGAUGCUUCGUCCGCAUCGUCUCUGGUAACGCCCCUAACAGGGGACAGCUCAUAUAGGGCCUGGACGGCAGCGGGGCUGACUUCGCUCGUGUUCUCGGCUUGCACUUGCACGGGAGUCGCCUCCUCUUUCCUUCCUCCACCAGCGAUGUUGUGCGGCGGAGCCUCCGAGCUAAAGGCAGCCACUGAGGAGACGCAGCAAAUCAUACAGGAGAUAAAAUCCCAGCUGGAAGAAAAAGAAAGCAGGAACUUCGACAUCUGUGAAGCUGUUUCAUAUAGAACACAGGUGGUUGCCGGAACAAACUAUUUCAUCAAGGUCCACGUGGGGAAUGAUGAGUACUUUCAUGUACGAGUGUUCCAAAGGCUUCCACAUGAAAACAAGCCGCUGGAGCUCACUAGUUACCAGAGCAAGAAAGCGAAGCAUGAUGAUUUGACUUACUUCUAAAGAGUUAUUUAGAAGUUUUUUCCCCCCAUUACACUCCUGUGGGGUAUAUUUACAGAUAUCCACACAUGUAAUGCUUAUUUUGCAAAAGUAAAAGAAUCUCUUGUUUUUUACUGCAAAUCAGCCCCUACGUAACUCUUAAUACUAUUAAAAACAUAUGAUAUGACA